GGGCAACUGUGCCAGCUACAAAGGUCAUAAAUAGAUUAUCGAAUUUUUGGCCAGGCCAUGAUUAGGGUAGCAAAACUCGCAGAUUUUGAUCAUAAAUUGGGUAAGGGUUUUGGGAAGUGGGCCACACACACCUACCCAACGUUUUUAGGAGUAACCCCCCCGGGCUUAAACCACGGAGACUUUAUCAAUACGAAUGCUUUCUGUGGUUCAUUCAGUGGUUCAGUCUUAACCAAGAAUCCUCUCUGUAAAUCGAUGUAAACUUCUGAAAUCAAACCCUGUCCCUAGAAAUAAGCCCCCUCCAAAAUUUCUAGCGCAAAGCACCCGAUAAUAAGCCAUCCUCCCCCAAUAAAGAGCCCAUGGUCAUAUACAUUUGGAGUUAGCUCUUGACAGUUUUUCUCUAAUUAUGGGCCCCUGCUUUACAGCUUUUUUGCAUUCGACAUCACUGCAGGAUGUUUUGAUAUAUUUGAUAUUCAUUUGGUUGAUCGCUAUGGCCACCCUGGGUGAGGAGCCUCGCCCCCUCCCUCUCGUCUGCCAGGCUAUCAUCCAUCCCCGCUAAGAAAGACCUUUAAGCAAAAAGUAGCCCAGGGUUUGUGUUUUGAAAUUUUGCGUUAUUUCGUUGAAUGUUAAUUCUGGCACAUUACGGCAGUACCCCGUCUAGUUGAUGAGUGCAUCAAGGGCGGGAAAACGCCCGUGGCCGGACCAAUUAUUAAACACUCGUUUGAUUAGUAACGUAUUGAAAUAUUGAGUAAGGAACAGCAAGAAGUUGUUGGCCCUGAUUUAAGACUUAUAAAAAACAGUGAGCUUCUUUUUUCGUUUCGUUUGUCCUCACUGUGCGCGCGCUUUGAUUAAGGCAACCCAUUUUCAGUUGCCUACGGAAUGUCAUUUGAGAUUGUUUUCGUUUCUUCUUUUAAUGAGAUCACUGAUUGGUUAGGAAGAACAUCCUGGUCACAUGUUCUUAUCAAACCAGAAAACUAAAUGACAAUUAACCACUAGCUUCUAAACCAAUCAGGAAUCAAACCAAAACCAGUCAUGACGCAGCUUUCACGCCUUUUCCCGCCCUUGGUGCCGGUUACAUUUUCUCGGCCGGUGUUCUGAUUGGUGCAUCACGUCAACUGAGUUUGUUGAAGUUGGUCAGUUAUGAUUUAAUCUUGAUCGUUGACACUCAUGAGAAAAAGCUCUUUACCUAGAACCGAGCAUUUUCAUUAGUUACAAAAGCCAAUUCAGUGUCAGCCGGAAAUUGGGUUUAUUCAAAGCGUAAACAAGUGGCGCGAUGUAAUUUGAUUGAAUUUGUUUCAAAUGGCUUGGGUGAGUUCGAGAAUGAACUGCAAAAUAUCCUUGAGAGACUUGAAGCUUUAGCUCCGUUUAUGAACUUGACUGAUAUAGUGAAACACAUCGCAAAGGAAACAUAAACAGGUAGUUUCGAGAGUCAACGUCAAACAGCUCGAAAGAGUCUUAAGACUUGUGUUACAGCUGUUCUCACUUGAGUAUCGAAAGUAAUUCAAGUUUUCUUUGGUUUUGAUUUACUACAUAACGUGAUUAGUUUAAAGAUCUGCCGCUACUUUCUCAGCCAAUCACAAGUAAAAACGAAAACCAGUCGUGAGCCGCACGCUCAUGCUUUGAUUGGUUCAAUGAAUUGUCUGUGCCUUUGUGAUUGGCCAGGGAUAACAUUGGGUUUGGUUUUACGAUGCUCAAGUGAACACCGCUCUAAAGUUCCGCGCUAGUGCACGAGUUCCGCCUUUGAUAAGAUAGCCAUAUGAUUACGUAAGUACGUGCUAUUCGGCACUAGUUACAUAAUCACUGUUUUGACAGAGACGGCUAUGUUAUUACCUUCACUUUUCAUCAAUACAGAUCAGACCAUGAAUUCAAAUUUUUCGCCCAACAUUUUUGAAAACAUUACAUUCGAGGAGUCUGAGAUUGCAACGGGCUACAAUCCUCUCUUCGUUUGCCCCACCCCUCCUGAGAGCGUCAGAAGCGUGAACACGCCGUCUCCUUGUACUGUCCAAAAUGUUACAACUUCUGGCGUGCUCCUAGAGGGUAUCCCCAACUAUGCGCCGAUGAACGUUUCAAGUCCAGAGCAGCUCUCGAGUGCAGCCAUGCUCGUGCCUUGCCGAUAUCAAUCAUCUGACACACCUAAUGGAAAUUACUCGUUGAGCGCCAGUUUACCUGUUGGUGGAGCUGAACAUACGAGACGCCCAACCAGAAGGCCUCAGUUGACCUCUGCUCAUCGCAGUGAAGCGAGCAUCAUGAUCCUUAAUCCGAGAUUAGAGUAUGACAAGAUACAAAAAAAGCACGGACCCAGAGGGAAAUAUUCAGAACAAAGAAUUCAAAACGGACAGGUUGACAUGCAAAUAGAGACUAAGCUUGCAUUACAAGAACUGCAUGUGUACGUCAUGCGUGAAUUCGAGGCGGAGAAGAAGCUUAUGGCGAAAGAUCCAAAUUCAUACGGAGUGGGACCAACGAGAAUUACUAAGCUGGACAUCACUCAAUUAGCUGGCACCAUUCCAACGUAUAUUUGCAAAUUUGACCUCGAUUCUGUCUACAAGACAUCGGAUAGUAAGGAGGUUUACAAACUAGAGAAGACAAAAGGCUUGGAGUAUAACCGAUUCCAGCUCAAAGUUUGUCUUCAGUUUAUCGAUGGAACUACUGCGGUUCUUUAUCCAUAUGAGUUUGUCCUCAAGAGCGCCAAGACUGUAAAACUAGCUACCAACUCGAUGCCUGUCGUGUCUCCACCACCACAAGCCCCCUCAACCUCCGAUGCUCGGUAUUCAAGAUUUAUCUGCCAACAUCUCGAAGCGGAGUUUGCCAGAAUUAAAACACUGGAAGUGGAGCAGAUAAAGACCACGAAUCACGACAUCGCUUACUACAUCAAACGGAAGUACCCAGGUAAUGAAAGUCUAUUCGAGGAGGGAGAUGUAGUGGGCUUCUUUGAGAGUCCAACAGGAGAAACUGUGAUCGAUUUAUUGACGAGCGACAAUGCACACGAAGCUAGGCUAGCUGGAGUGAUAAGUCGAUCAGCAUACUUGAAGGGGAAGGCUGGACGGUCCGACAGAGAAAAUGAUGACGCCGAUCUUGUGUGUAUUAUCGGAGAGAUUCAGGUUAAAGUCAUUGGUAAAGUGAGAACUGGAGAGCUCAUCUACACCUGUCCCAGUGAUAAGUUUCCCGGCACGGCUACAGCCAGUCACGAACUAGGAAAUCGUAGACAGACCUUGAUUGGUUACGCAAUGGGCGAAUCGUCUGGUCCUGGUGUGUCCAAGGUUGACUGCCUCGUGUCUCUAAUUCUGAGCAUCGGUGCUAAGGAGCAGCUGAGAGCUUUAGAACAGCUUAGGCACAGCCUUGAAGAAAUGAAGGACGAUCUCACGUCCAGCAUCGAUACGGUUGGUAUUAGGAUCACCAGGAUGCAGAGAGGCUGGAGAGGAAUGUGGAAGAAGUUACUGGCUGUAACUAUUUUCCUUGCAGUAGUGGGCGUCGUAUGUGGACUGAUGUUAGCUCCAAAUUCUCCAUACGUCAAACAAAAGUGCAGGGCGAACAGUAUAAAAGGCCAUUAUCUGUCCUUCAAGUUCUAUCCUCCACAAUCAGACGACGAAAUAAAAGUGACGGGCUUGGAAUUCACUUGGAAAAAGCUGAAAAAGAAGUUAAGCCUGAAAUUUGGCAGAAUGAAUGGAACAGAUAACUACCGAUACUUUUUGAACAAGGAGCGUUGUGAAACUGGUGGAAUACGUUCCGUCGCCUCUUGGCUGGACCCGGCACCAACAGAACCCAAGGUAAACGUGCUGGCGGUGAACUCCAUCUGCACGAAGGUUUACUACCACAGCCGGAAGGUGGGGGAAUGGUUCGAGUAUAAGAAUGGACGAGUAGAUGACAUUACAUGCACUGCGGUGAAGGGUGACCGAGGAAAACGGUGAAAGCUAAGGAUUAUGGUUGCACAUCAAUUUUGCUGGUGUUAAUUGUUAUCGUUAGGGGAUGUUUCGAGUUAGUUAAAGUAGGCAAUCAGCGCCUGCGCAAAACAAUAUUUACUUUACUUCUGGUAGUAGAUCUCACUUGUCGUUGCAUCAUCAAGGGUGCUCGCGACAGAAUGUCCGGCUUCUUUAUGUUUCCAAACCUAUUAAAGGUCUGGGAAAAUUUCUCGAAUGCACUUUAAAACGGCUGUGUGAGCGAACGACGGGGCUAACCAUGAAUAAAGUGAGUUAUCAUUACAAACGUUCACCGUAAAUAUACCAGAAAAAUGGAGCCUUUAUGAGGACUACAAGAAAAUGUGAUGCAGUUAGUCUUUGCAGAGUCCUGGUAAAGAUUUGAUCAGGGAAAACCUGCCGUUAUUAUCUUUGGAUAAAUGGCUGCGCCAGAGGAAAACGAACUCCACGCCCUGCGCACUCAAACGCCUGAUUCUACGCACGUACGGAAAAACAUUUUUCUUAUGGCAAAAUUGAGACGUGAUUACACAUCUCGUAAAGAAAUAUGGCAGUAUACAGUAGGAGUGAUGGCUUUGAUGAAAAGCACCGUAAUUUAAAAAAAAAAACCGUUACAGAUAAUUAUAAUAUUUAAAUGCUGGUCACCUCGUCUAUUCUUUUAAUAAAAGGAUGAUGAAAUUCCUCA